AUGGCCAAUAACCCAGCUGAAUAUGCCGUCCUCCCAAGUGGUCUUGUCAAACUACAACUAAACGAUUACAACGAUGAUAUUGAUCGUUUUGGUGUUGUCAAUGCGUCUGUACUGCCUCGUAAUCUAAAGAAACUCAAUAUCGAUAGUGUCAUCAUGAAUACUCCACUCUAUAUGGACGGUGUUUUACCAAACUCGAUUGUUUCAAUCAAUCUCGGCAAAUGUUGUUCACAAAUACAAUUUGGAAAGGAUGGUACCGGUGUCAAGUUACCAUCUUCACUAUUGACACUAGAUCUUGGAGCAGAAUUCAAUUGUCCAAUCCCUCCACACACCUUACCAAAAGGAUUAAAGAAAUUGUAUAUGCAAGAAUACAAUUAUCCACUUGACAUGGACACACUUCCAGACUCUAUUCAACAUCUUCAAUUCGGUAGAGGAUACACACACAAAAUUAGACAUUGUCAUUUACCACAAUCUCUCACCUACUUGGAACUACCAGCUUCAUUUGAUCAACCAUUAGAAGAAGGGUUAUUCCCAGAAGGGCUAAAGACUCUUUAUCUAGGGUAUAAAUUUAAUCAUCCAAUCCAUCCAUCUCACUUUCCAACAUCACUCAAAAAACUAGUCCUCUCCUUUAUGUUUAAUCAACCAAUUCACAAUAAUGAUAGUAAAGAAUCAUUGUUACCACCUGUAGAAAUAUUAGAGUUUGGAACAAAUUUUGAUCAACCUUUUGGUAGUUGCAAAGUAGAUUCAAAUGACAACAAAAACAACAAGGUUGUCAUAUCCUUUUUACCAAGGUCAAUAAGAUGGUUGUCAAUUGGUAAAUACAAUCAACCAAUUGAAAAGGGAUAUAUUACAGAUAAUAUAACAAUUCUUCAUGUCGAUGACCCUUUUGCAAGAUUUACCAAUUCAAUCUAUUAUCCAUCCAUUAAAUAUUGGUUACCAAAUUCAACAAUAUUAUAUUUUAAUAAUAAAGUUCGACAUGUACAAAAUAACAAAAAAGGUGUUUAA